AUGCGUAGCUUGGUCUUCCUACCACCACCCGCACUCACAUCUUUCCCCUCCGGCUCAUCGCAUUCGACGCUGACAAGUGCUUUUACAAUACCCAGCUCUCAUCGAUCCCACAUCCCUCGAGUGAUAGCGGACGAGACCCGGCCAGAUCCACUGGCGAAUGAGACGCUCGAAGAAGUUCCCGACUCGGUAGACCCUCACCUCGCAAAUCCCAUUUCGGAUCAUGAGGAGUCGGUUGCCACAUCGGAGGUUCUCGAUGCUCCAAAGGGUGUGCCUUGGGAGAUCUUGCAUGCGCAUCUUCUUCCAACUGCACGUGACGCAAUUAGAAAGGGCGAGGAUGGCAGUGACGCCCAGAGGGAUCGCAAGAGGGUGCGAAUCAGAAGCCCCGUGCUCGUGAUUGAAACGCCCGAACGACAACGUGCAAGCAGACAGCGUACGAUUGUAAUGCAAGAUAGCGGUAGCGGCCAUGAUGGCAAGCAAGAUAGUACCGGCGAGGAUGCAAGUGCAGGCGACGAUGUGGACAAAAGCCGUGUCAUCGUUGAAGAUGAUAGCUUCGAGCAAAUGGAGCAGCAUGGUCAAGAUGGUGACACUACAAGUAGCGUUGGUGCUUUAUUUCCACCCGCAGUUCUGGCCGACGAAACGACGAAUGCGAGCGACUCUCGACGUAUUGCAUCUGGAAAUGAUACGAGCGCAGCUUCACAGAACGCGCUUGAUGCACAGCCGGACCUCAAUGCUGUGCAGGACACCUCAUUGCUCGCUGGCUUCUCUGCCUCUGGAGCAGCCUCCAGAUCAGCGCCAGCGACAUCUGUAUCCCGCGACCGAUUACUACUCUCAGCUCUAGCACCAACAGAGGCAGAGGACUCGAAUUCAGCAUCAUCCCUCCUCGUCAAACCACCCAUCCCGGCAGCAAUACCCGCCCAAACCUGCCGAUUCACGUUCUUCUCCAAACGUCCAUCCCUCGCACCCACCUGCGUCACAUCAGAUGUAGGCCGUGACCAAGUCGAACUUCCUGCACCAAAUCCAACUCAGCCGCAUGUCGAUGCCGCAAACCAGGCCGUCAACAUCACCCAACCUGCUAAAGUCACUACGCACGAGCGCCUUGGCGAGUCGUCACUCCAUCAGACCCUUCCAACGCUCAACGACUUCGCCGCAUCCUUCGACUCGCACCCCUACCACCCUCACACUCUUCCCCCUGCAGACGAAUCGCACUCGAUCCAACCUCCGCCGACACUGCACUUCAACCUGGGCGGCAUCACACCCGUCGCGCAGAUCUUGGCGAACCCCAUGCAUUUCCUCACGCACGGCAGCGGUGGCGCCCCGAGAAGCGGGGUGGGAGGUGUCAGCUCCAAAAUCAAUCUCUUGGUUGUGGUCAAGGAAGUUGGUGAGGUGCAGAGUGUAAGAAAUCGAUUCCCGGUGGACGCUCCGCCACCUCGCAACCGUACCACCGCAUUAAGGCCUAACAACAACCGAUCCGAGAUGCGCUCCGGCAUGUCGAGCGCCUUCCGUGCAGCAGCAGCAGCGACAACCCACAAACCCGAUACCCCUCACACUGACGGCAGAACCUUGCGCGCCACUCUGCUCGUCAUGGACGGUCGCAUAUCGAGCAUCCCGCGACUGGUGGAUACGCAAUCCCUUGGUGGCGAAUGGAGCUUGAUCGAGGAGGUGGAGGAGAGGAGUUUGUUCCAGGUCGUCUUGUGGGGGGAUAUGGUUCGACAGUGGAUCGUUGGUGACCAAGAGGCAGAUGGCAGCGACUCAAUCCUGCGCAGCACAUCCGCACCAGGUCAAGCAGCCUCAACCCUUACCCCAACCCCGUUACGCGCAGGGGACGUAAUCUCUCUAACCAACCUCAACCUUUCCCGCUCCACCUCAAUCCCGCAAAAACGUCUCGGCUCCCACCCCCACCCCUCGCACAAACCAACGCUCGUCGCCCACGCUUCGGGAAUCAACUCCUCAGCCAUCGAGCUAUGCUACCGGACGCAGGUGGAUACCAGCCGAGAUGCAGGCAGAAACUUCGACAGCGCUGUUGAGGUGUUCGAUUUGAGGUCCAGGCGGGUGGGCGAGUUGGGGCGGCUGUGGAAAGCUUCGAGGUGA